AUGUCAUUAUCGCCUGAAAAAGUCUUCACAUUUUGCUUUAAACUCCCUAAGAGAAUAGAUAUACCCGUUGAAGCAAAUCAGCCUACAACAAAGAAAAAUUUCAGGAUAAAAGAAUUGACGACAACUAAUUCAUACCCUUCUAUAUCUAUAAAUGUUAAGCAGUAUGUCCUGUUCACCAGUGAGAAGUAUAUUGAAGCUUCAAGGAAACCUACUGCAAAAGAUAAGAAGACAGCUAUUACAAGAGGAAGCUUUCGGACAAGGAACAAAUUCAUUAUCGCAAGAAACCUUCUAUGCCGAUUAGUAAAGCAUGAGAAGGCCUUGAGUAGUACAGAAAUUUCAAAAGUUGUUUCUCUAGUAAGUAUUUACAUAAAGAUAUCGAUGCUCACACCAUUUUAGAUAUAAAUUCAACAUUUUGGCUCACUACUAACAACGCAGAUCUGGAAGGAGAGCAACAAGUCGUUACAUGACUACUUUGAGUACCUUUCCCUUUUGGAGACUUAUUGGUAUGAUAAAUUAAUGCUGAGUUAUGGUAACUCAACGCUACAAGCAACCGCAACUGCAGCAGUCAGCAUAAGACUAAGCUCGAUACCCUACGAAAAUUUGUGCGCUAGUUGCUAUAAUAAGCAUAAGCAAAAGAAAAUUUUGAAUUACGACUACUCCAAGUCAGCAAAGUUUCGGGUGCAUAAGGAUUUUAAGGAAAAGAAAAAGACCUUCUUGACGAUUAAAGACCACUCGAAAAAGCUUGAAAAACUCCUGGAUGCCUUCAGGAUUAACCAAUGUACCAUUACUACAAAUUUUGGAAUUGUCACUGAAGAUAUGUUUUUCAAUUCGCUUUAA